AUGGUAAAAUCACCGGAAUAUACCCGUGGAGUGUUAUUCUCAAAUGGAAAGGAAUUAGGAUUGGAUAAGCUCGAACUUGAUUAUGGUUAUGAUCGUAACAUUGUUUGGCAGCUUCUGAAUAGUCCAGAAUCAUGGGAACUAAGACGAGGCAACAUUUCUGACGAUGCUUUUUGGACAUGGGCGCAAACACAACUUCCGAAAGGGUAUGAUGCAUGUCUUAUACGUGAUACAUGGUAUAGCAUGUAUAUAUUGGAUGAAAAUAUCUUGAAACUACUUCAACGAUUAAAACAACAAAACUAUCGUAUCAUAGCUUAUACGGAUAAUAUUCCUGAACGAGUGGCAUAUCUUGAAAAUAAAUAUCAUUUUCAACAUUAUUUCGAUGCAGAAGUGAAAAGUUAUGAUUGGCAUGCUGUUAAAACUGAUAUAACAUUUGCAAAAGCUCUUUUAAAAAUAGCUGGAUGUGAAACAGAUCCUUCUACAUUGGUUCAUAUCGAUGAUCAAAUUCUUGACGUUGAACAUGUGAAGAAACUAGGUGGAAAUGUACUCAUCUACAGAACAGGUUAUAUUAACGAAUUAAUUACCGCUUUACACAAUAUUGGAGUUCAAUGCUAA